GUUUUCCUUAGCAACACAGCUAACAUGCAUUGUUAUUCUGUUGUUCCAGGUACAGAUAAAUCAGGUAUUGGGGGCUUCAUCCUUUUGUUUUAUGAAGACUUGGACAUCACUAAACCUUUCCCGUAGCUCUGUUGUUACAGAAGUGACAUCGGUAAAUACACAGUUUGUACGCGAUCGAAGCUGCAUUGAUCGGUUUGUAUAUAAAGCAGCAAUCUGUCUCUUAUGAAAAAAAGAAAUAAGUGUGUGCCGCUGCGCCCAGCAGUUCACAUAAGAUCUGUCUUGGAUAUAAAUAAGUUAAUGAAGAAGGAAGAGAAAUAGAGCGAAGUGCAACUACCCCAUAACAAGAGUCAGAAGUCGACCACAAAGGAAAUGGACCCUGCUUCAAGCGAAAAAGCACAUCAAAAAGACAACUAUAUCCUCAAAGUGAUCGUUUUGCUAUGAUUGGGACUUAAACUCGCACUGACGGUAUUUGUUAGACAUAAAAAAGUGAGGAGUCGUGUCUUUAUAAAUCAAUAUACUUUCCUGAAGAGAGUUGAAAAAUUGACAGGUAUGUAAUCUGCUAAUCAAUGUUCGGUCAUGGCUAGAACAAUUUUCAUCCUCUGCAAUUGACAGUGGACUUUAACCAUGUUGGACUGGCAGUUGGAUUAAACCUCUCACGUGCUCUUCUACAGUCGCAGCCCGACUCCAAGAUGCACGCGGUCUACGCUGGCGGGUCGACUCCAACCCCUUCCCCACGUGUCCACAGAAAACAAUUUGGGUACGGUCGACCCGUAAUGCCGGGAUAUUCUUUUCCACAUAAACAGUCCCCACUCCAUCAUAAAAGUGCUUCGAAGGACUCCGACGAUUCUUCAUCCAAGGAGACCAAUUUUCGCGAGUCUAUUCCCGCCAUGUGUACGGCUGUGGCCUUCACGUGUCUCAUCUGUAACAUCCUCGUGCCGGGGCUAGGCACGUUCCUGGCCGGUCUCAGUGUCCUAUGUGGCUCCAAAAUGAGGCUAAAGGACAACACCAAGUCCAAGGUGGUGCUGGUCAAUUGCUGGGUAGCGUUUCUUCAGCUGUUCACCACCAUCUUCUUCCUCCUCGGCUGGAUUUGGAGUAUCGUUUGGGGGACAUUGUUCCUCUCCUACUCAGAUGAAUUCUACAAGAUCAAAGAAACGGAUAACGAGAAACGUGAACCAGACAAAACAGAGGAACAGCGUGUCAAGCCCCCAGCAUCACCCGCAAAACAGCGCGACAACACACACACCAACGCCUCUCACAAACCACCAACGAACGCGCAUGUGCAAAGAAUCCCGGUGCAACAGAUUCAACACGAAAUCCCCUCUACGUCAUCUUCAGACCAUCAAAUUAUCACCUUACAAGAACUUCCUACGAUAAAUAAUGAAGACGGCGUGACGCGUUCCGAUCAACCUAUCAUGAACGCAAGGACUCGCCAUCAAAAAAUUCUCCGGCGACAAAUGUCGGAUCACGAUUUGUCUCCCUUUAGUUUGACUCAAGAGCAAUUAGAGGACAUUAUUAUCCAUGCAGCUCCCGUUACUAGGGCCAACAGGAUGACUAUAGACGAGGCAAACGAAGCGAACCCAGAGAAAGGGUGAACUAAUUAACGGAUGGUACCCCAACAAUUUAAUGGUGCAAUAACGUGAACUUUCAUGGAAUGAAUUGUCCAGAUUAUAUUUUUGUUUAUUGUAAAUAAUUUGAAAUAAAACUUCAUCUAUACAAAAAAA